GCCUGGCCUUUCCACGUGUUGGCCGUUCCGCUAUUCGGCGCCGUCGCCCUGGAGUACGACUUCCAGUUCAUGUGGUGCAUACUGCGGCAGUGGUUCCCGCUCGCUGUCGCCAUCGACAUCCUGCCCGUCUGCGCUGAUCAGGUGGUGCACUCCUUCCUGCAGUUCCCCCCUGACGGGACACUGGGCACGGUGUCGUAG